GUGAGAGUAGACUGAUACAUAGCACUGUAACUAAGGGGACCCAUUUUAAUAGGGUUUUUCUUCUUUUCCCUAAAAAUCUGACCAAAAAACAACUUCAGAGUGAUUUUGAUAUGUCUCCGGCCAAACAAAUGUGGAGGAGCGAUUGAGCGAAGAGAGGACUGGUCAACUGCGGGAAUCAUCCAAAAACAGGAACAAAGCGCGUUUUUAACAAAUUGCGGUCAAAAGGCUUUCCUUGAGCGAGCAACCAACCGACAGACAAGUCCUAAGUCCAACCUCUGACCAACUCCCCCCACAACAUUUUGCCUUGAAAAAACUCUCUCAAUUUCAUCGAACUUGAAAUUUGUGAAAAAAAAAAAAAUCAUACUGUUCUUCAUUCUCAUCGAAAACCCAUUUAAGAAGAUAGUUAAAGUUUCGAUCUUUGUCAUCAGUCUAUUACUUGGGGGGUUCUGAGAAUGGGAUGGGCGAAGGCAUUGACUUGACUGGAUUGAUUGAUUGGUUUAUUCUGUUUGUUUAACACUACUAUUGAAGGGAAGACCCACCCCAGUGUCGAAAAUGAACGAUUUCUAUUCCAUGGAUGGCUUUAACUCUAACAGCAAUUCGGGUUCUUCUGACGCAUUGAUUACUACUCUUUGCAAUUCUGUUCAAGCUCUUGGCAGAGGUUUUGAUGUUACUUCGGAUAUUAGGCUUCUUUACUGCAAAGGGACGCCUGGGUCCAGAUUGAUUCACGUUGACGAAGAACAUACCAAGGAUCUUGUGCUCGCUGAUGGAAUUGUUGUCCCGAAUGUAUCUGUUGAUAUUGGGUGCUCUAAAGGGAAGAAAACUACUGAAACUACCCCUGUUCUGAGCUUUCAUGAGGUCAGCUUUUGUUUUCCUUUAUUUUGUUUUUCUUUUAUAUCCUUUAUUGUAUUCUUGAGCUUUUUACGAUUUCCUUUGUGGAUUUAAGUUUCUGGGCAUUAAUUGUUGGCGAUACGUUGAGAUUAGAUUGAUUAGUUUCUUGAUUCUUUGAUUGUUUUCUGGUAAGUUGAUGCCGUUGGCUUUGGUAUAACUAUUGGUUUCGACUUCUAUGAUGAUGUUGUUAGGAAAUUCCGAUUCUCCUAAGUCUUACCGUGAUCCCUAAACAGCUUGGUGGGGGGAAGGGAGUGAUACUUUCUCGGAACUGGCUAGUUGGUAGUGUGUUGGUGUCUUAUGGACGAACAUAUUUUCCCUGACCUAAUUAUAACAUUUUCAGAAUGUUACAUUUUGACAUAAAGUUUGCUGCGAACCACUGGGUUGGAUGUUCUCCCGAUUUUGCUGAUUGCCUCGUGUACAAUUGCACUGUAUCAUGUGGUAGUCUCCAGAAGAAUCAAGUGGAGCCUUUUAGAUGCGUCCAAAUAUCUAUGGCCACUAAGUUGGAUGAGUAACUACUGAUUUUGUGAUGCCUGAUAACGGAGUCUUGAGUAAGAUGAGUUUCAUUAAUUUUUCGAUGAGUUGCGGGAGAUUGAAAUGUUGGUUGGAUUCGUUGCUCUUCUUGCUUGUCAGAGAGAAGCAGAAUAUGAAAAGAGUGCAUAAGAGCGAGAGAAUAAUUCUUGUGGAGCAACCCAUAACAGUAUUGAAAUUCAUUAGCUAAUCUAUUGAGAUUUAUUCUUGAACCUGUACCACUUAGGGUCUGUGGAAUAAGUGUCUGCUUGAUAUUGCAAUAAGAUAUUUUUCGCCCACAACAAACAAAGCUUUUGGUUUCCUUAGUUGAAUCCGGGCAGGAACCUUUAAAGUUGAAUGGCGCUAUCUUUCUCGUGUAGGGCUUUUAUAAUUUAUCCAAGAAACUAGACUGAUGCCGAUAAUGGCAGUAUGUCUAUAUCCGCUAGUUUUGAAGUAGUUUGAGCAUCAUCCACUGCGAGGUUGAGUAAAACUGUAGCGAAGUUGUUUACCUGGUUUCUCAUGUGUGAUUUGUGAGGUCUUUCCUUUGAGAGAAUUAAGCUUCUUUGGCCUUUUGAUUAUUGUUUACACUUCAUGGUCGGACAAUAGACUGCAGUUGAUGGCCUAAAACCUAGUGUUCGAUUACUUGAUCAAUUCCUGCAAGAGGAUUUCUGCGGCAGCGAGUUAACUGGGGAAGAAGUUAAAAAAGGAACUUUGAUUGUUUCCACUGCAUUAAUUUUCUUUCUAUUCAGAAUUUUUCCAUCAUUGAAGUGAAAAUUGUACAACUUACCAGAGCCAUUUAAUUCCGCUUAAUUCAGAUCGGAAUUGCUUCUUUGUCCUUAAACGAACUGCCACUCGUUAGGAGCCUUCAUAACAUUUAUAUUACAUUGUAUAGUUAUGUGCAUCCUAUGUAGAAAGAAAGAAUCUGCAAGAAUCCGCAAACUUCUGCAAGCCACAUGAAAUGCAGAGAACAUAGGAAUAAUUCUGCAGUUCACUCUAUAUCUGUAAUAUGGUUAUAUGGGGCAGGUCAAAGCUUGUAAAAGAUGAAAUUAGUUGAUCUCUAGAAACAGGAAUGAACAUUAGAAAUCAUCUUACUUUCUACAUCUCAAAUUGUUUCGUUCCGUGCUCUGAAACUGUGUCCCAGAGAGAAAGGACUUUUAAAACAUAAUUUGAUGCUUUGUUUGUUAUAUCCUCGUAAAGUGAUGCUUUGAUGCAUACAACCGCUCUUAUUAAUAUCACUUGCUCUUUUUAAUUGUUAAAAUGACAAUUUCAUCCUGUAUUAUUUUACUUUUCGAUAAAUGAGCACUUAGUAGAAGAUGUGUGGUUAUUUUGAGAUGAGGUGGUUGGAGAUGCAAGUACUGUUUUUUUUUUCCAGACACUUUUGGUCCGAAGUAUGCCGGAUUUUUAAAAAGGUCAAAGAGCUUUCUAAUGCCUUUUGGUUUGGCCAUCUUUAAUUGGUGUGGGCAAUUUUUAUUAUUUCCUAUCAUGCACUUAUUAACUUUACAUGAUUAAAGAUAUUCUUCUUAUUAUUACAUGACUACCAAUCUGGAGUCAUUAAGACUGAGUAAGUUGUAAGUUUGGAAAUGGUAUUGUAUAUUUUUUUGUGCGGUAAAGCUCUCACAGCUGGUGUUGUUUUCUUCUAUAUACUGCUAGAUUCUAUGCUUAAAUCACAACAUCACGAUAGUGUGUUUUCCAUUGAUUUGCUCCAUCUGCCUAAUUUUUAUACUUCCAUUGAGGAAUAUAGUAAGCCUGCAAAAAAUUUAAAACCAAAAGAUUUCUCUGUGCUAAUGUAAAUGGUUGUUGUUGUGAGCAUUGGUUAAUGUAGUACCUUACAUUUGAGUGAGCAGAUGGCGAAGUGCUUCAAUGAGAAGGCCAACAUUGCAGGAACAAUCCCACUUGGGAGCUUUAAUGCUAUGUUCAAUUUUACUGGAUCUUGGCAACUUGAUGCAGCAGCUACUAAAUCCCUUGCAAUGACUGGAUAUGUUCUCCCAUUAUUUACUGUCAAAUUGACAAAUUUUAAUUUAGUUUUGCGUGAUGAAAUCAAGCGAGCUGUUCCAUACUCUUGGGAUCCUGCAUCUUUAGCAAGCUUUAUCGAGAAUUACGGCACCCACAUAGUUACCUCUGCAACUGUUGGUGGAAGGGAUGUUGUAUAUAUUAGACAGCACCAAUCAUCUUCUUUAUCAGCAGCAGAUAUUGAAUCCUAUGUGAAAGACAUUGGAGAGCAGAGAUUUUCCAACUCAAAAGGCCAGGCCAGUGCAGGUCCAUUGAAAUAUAAGGACAAGGAUGUCACGGUUAUCUUUAGAAGAAGAGGAGGGGAUGACCUUGAGCAGAGUCAUGCCAAGUGGGCAAAAACUGUAGAAACAGCCCCAGAUGUGAUCAACAUGACGUUCACUCCCAUUGUUUCUUUGCUUGAAGGAGUACCUGGAAUAAAGCACUUGGCUCGUGCAAUUGAGUUGUAUUUAGAAUACAAACCGCCCAUAGAGGAUCUCCAAUAUUUCUUAGAUUUCCAAAUUGCUCGAGUUUGGGCUCCAGAGCAGAAUAAUCUCCAGAGAAAGGAGCCUGUUUGUUCAUCCCUGCAAUUCAGUUUGAUGGGGCCUAAGCUGUAUAUUAGUCCGGAUCAGGUGACUGUUGGACGGAAACCUGUCACUGGACUUAGACUCAGCCUGGAAGGUAGUAAGCAAAAUCGUCUUGCCAUCCAUUUGCAACAUCUAGUUUCACUACCCAAAAUCCUUCAACCACACUGGGAUGCACACAUGGCAAUAGGAGCUCCCAAAUGGCAAGGUCCCGAGGAACAGGAUAGCAGAUGGUUUGAACCAAUCAAGUGGAAAAGUUUUUCUCAUGUAAGUACUGCACCUAUUGAGCACACCGAAACUUCAAUAGGAGAUCUCUCGGGAGUUCACAUUGUCACCGGUGCUCAGCUCGGGGUGUGGGAUUUUGGUGCCAAGACUGUGUUGCACCUUAAGCUUCUCUUCUCAAAAGUACCCGGAUGUACAAUAAGGAGAUCUGUGUGGGACCAUAGCCCUUCGAACUUGUCCACCACGCAAAGACCCGAUGGUUCUUCAUCAUCGGUAACGAAUGACAGAACGGACGAUGGGAAGAAGGGAGAUGGCUCAUCAAGCCUAAGUGGGAAAUUGGCAAAGAUAGUAGACAAAACAGAAUUGUCAAAGGGUCCUCAAGAUAUACCGGGACAUUGGUUGGUUACAGGUGCUAAAUUUGGUGUGGAGAAGGGGAAAAUCGUGCUACGGGCGAAAUACUCCUUACUGAACUAUUGAUGGGUGGAGUUAUCUCUGUACUUAAACCCUCGAAACUUACUGCUUCUUUACUCCAGUUGAAGAAGGAAACAGUUGAGCAUUCUUUACCAUAUGUGUUAUUCUUCUACUGUACAUUAAUGUCGAUUAUAGCUAUUCAUUUUUGUAGUGUUCCAAUUGAGUUGUAGUAGGUUUUUUUUUUUAGCUGUUUUCUUUGGCUUUGCAUAAACGCUGUGUUUUCAGGAGAGUAUUAAAUAAGAGUUGCUCCUUCCCUAUUGAUUCUUACAUAUGAUAUUGGCCAAUGGGGAUUUCUAAUUCCAAAUGAAUACUGGGUAUUGGAAUGGGGUCUUUGUUCUUUCUUUAUUUAUUCAUUAAACGCAGCAGGUGGUAUCUGUCUUAUAUUUUUAUCGCCGCC